AUGGCGUGCAACAGCUGGGAGAAAUUGUGCAAGGCUCAGCGCGAUUACCCCAAACCGAAGUUCGCAGAUUCCUUCGUGCAAAAGUCGCUCAAGAAGACACCCAAAAACCCAUUUCUCCUGGCAUGGAAAGCUCGUCUAGGUCUCACACUCAACCAUGGACACAACGAUGUUGUAAAUCUAGUCCAACAGGCCUGGGAACAGCCAGGAGUAGAUGAUGUUCGGUUGCUUUCUUACCUAUACCAAAUCCUAGCGGAAGCAACGCGGAGAGACCAGGGUAACAACCUUAACAUCAGCGGAGUGGGCGACGGCAACCUCAAAAUUUGGCAACGUGCUGCGAAAGCGUUGGGCCGUAAAGAAGAUCGUCAAGAACUCUGGUCUGCCUUGGGCAAAGUAGCAUUGGCUGAGGAAUGCUGGGAGGACUUCCGCCUGGCUGUCUUUCACUACAGCAAGGAGACUAAGGAUAGCACUGGAUCAGUGUCAGCGAAGAAGCAUGCUCACUUCACGCAAAUACUUGCUAUUCAACUCGCUGCCGAACAGCAGCGCGGACUUCCAUCAGGCGAGAUGAAAAGUAAGCUACAAUCCGACCUGGCUCGUAGACUCAUGAAGCAAGCAUACGAGGCGGCUCCUGAUGACCCGAUCGCAUUCAAAGACAUACGCGAUCUACGCUUCAUGGGUGAGAUUUUCGCGCGGCAAGGCAAAUGUAAUGAGCUGUUAGAGCACUGGGAUCAGCCGCCUGCAGCCCUCCAGGACCUAAUGACCAGGCAUCAGGGUGAUUUGUGGGAUAUGAGAAUCAGACUUCCAAAAAACAGUGGAGAGUGGUCUCUGCUUGAAAGCCAGUGUCUUGCGUAUAUUGAGCGUGUGAUAUCGCACCAAGAAAGCCUUCGAGAAACUUGCGCCUGGAGGCAAGAUGUUUGGACAAGUUUGCUACAAGCCGCUCGAGCAACACGUGUCAAAGACGAUAGCAUUCGCCUUAUCUCCGAUGUCAUACGCCGCACUUUCAAGCCGGAUGAAUUCCAAACCCAGGACCGUAGCCUAAGAUUGGCGUACAUGAAACUUCGUCAGACUGUUGUCCCAGGAACUACGAUGUUAGCCGACUGUGAGGCUUACUGGAAAGCCCAUGCGAAUCUCAUCACUUGUUAUGCGGACAUCCGUCCGUUUGUGGAAGCAUUGAGUAGAGAGGACCGUCACGCGUUUUCAAAUUUUGUGGACGCGGAAUGGAAUGAGAUAUUCAAGUUGUCAGCGGAAAACAAAUAUCCGUACCAAGACGUGGUUACCUAUCACGGAAACCGCCUGAAGCUAUCCUAUCUCCUGUGGAUAUCACUGACGACAAAGCCGAGUUCGAAAUGGCAGGAUUAUAUGGAAGUGCCUUUGUCCAUCGCAUUGACAGCCCCCUGGUUACGCUCUCCUAAGUCUUCAGAAGGUAUCGUCGGGAUCUACAUCCUCCUCCAGAUGCAUCGUAACGCUAUGCAUAACAAAGAAGAUGCUCAUCCUUUCGGAACAACGCCAAACUCGCGACUCCUCCUUCAAGCUACGAUGCUCGCACGUCAUCUGGUGGCUUGCGAUAAAGAGAAGCAGGACAGGCCACUAGCACUACUUGCUGCACGAAUGCACCUGAACCUCGGCCUGGGGAAAUGUGCCUUCCAAUUGUACAGCCAUACCAAGUGCAAGGAAAUGCUGGUGCACACAUUGUCGCCCUAUGUUCUGUCUCGGAUCUCAUUGACACACCCAUUUGGUGCUAAAGGUUAUCAAGGAUUCUCGGCGGAAGAAGAACUUGGCAAAGCUGUUGGCACUAUGGAGAGAAUGGAACGCAAGAUUGACGAUACUUUAUAUGCUGAUUUGCAAUCGCUUCCUUGGGACCAAGCUAUGGAACUUCUGGGUAUGAAGCGGAAAUUCAAAUCGAGCUUGACAAAGCACAUAUGCAACGUCGAGCGCCGCCGCAUAUCACGAUUAAAGGGCGAGCCGAUUGAUAAUUUGCCGGUUGUGGACCCGGGUAGCUACCGACACAUAUCCGACAACGUGGAUAGGUCCGUAUUCCCCAACUACGAGCACUCUCGUUCUCCUGGACCACUUCCAUACAUCAUGCCCAACACGAUUCCUAAUAUCAACUGGCUAUGUGAAAGCCUUGAUACCUGGGAUGCGAGCAGUAGACUACUCUAUAGAGAGACACAAACGCGGGAACUUCAGGGUGCAUGGAUACGCUCGGCUGCCACACCUCAGAGUCACAUCAAAGAAACUGAACAUAACAUGACACCUGCGGAAUCCACAGCUCACGGAAUCUGGGACUAUAUCAACUCUAUCGUUGAGAUGAUGCUGUUGGAAGAUUCCCCCCGACUUGCGUCCCCAGAGCUGCUCUCUUCCAUAAUAAAAGUACUACCGGAAGAAAUACAUGCGAUGCGAGUCGCAAUGGAAAAACUACGUAUGCCCGGCGCUACCAACUUGAAACUCGAAGACGAGCCUACUAUGUUCCACGAGAACAUGCUCAUCUCUUGCUACACCAAGUUCGAAGUUCUUCGCGCGCUCAUCAAGCUGGUCGAGCACAUACGCGAGAAAGUCAUCAACUCGAAGACUCAUAACAUGAAGGCCAAGUUGUCGAAAGACUGGGUCAAUGACAUAGAGAGCAAGACAAAGAUCUGCUUCGAGGCGAUACGUGAUGUCGCGCAGAGCUAUAUCAAGCUUAUCGAGACGAAGGGCCAAGCUGCAAUCAAGGCGCAGAUACGGUGGGGCAAGACGGGCGAGAUUUUGAAAGAAGUGCUAAAUGACGACGAUGUCGACUUCUACGCCGCCGAAUACGUUGACAGUGCUCUGCAAGCUUGGAAAGGUGUGCUGCAGGUUAAGCUUAAGUAG